AUGGGCAACUCCUCCUCCAGAUCAUCCCUCAGGUCCUCCGACUCCAUAUCCAAGCCCAAGGCUCUCGCCGCCACCACUGACGAGCUCGACGACGAGAGCAGGCGCGCGGCCACAUACGCCUCGAGUCCCAACUCCUCCUUGCUCGGUAUCCCGACAACGGUCCAUCGCCGCAGCAGGUCCGCACAGGCCGCCCCUGCCCGCCGCGAGCCCGUGCUGCCGCCCCCGCCGUACGCAGUUGCGGUUGCGAACGGCGCAUCAAGCCCGUCUGCGCGCCACACCAGCCCCCAGGGCGGUGGCGCGGGACCGAUCCACACACAGCUGCAGCAUGUUACGGACGAGCCAUUGCAGGACAGCCCCGCAGAGGAGCGCGCGCCCCAGAUGCACCCGCUGACGGGCCGGCCGCUCGUGCGGCGGAGCACCGUCGAGAACGCGCUCGACACGCUGCGGCGCUUUGAUACCGUGAUUAUCGUCGACGACUCCGGGUCCAUGGAGGGCCCGCGGUGGCAAGAGGCGCGCGAUGCGCUGGCGGCGCUGGCAGACAUCGCGUCGCGGUAUGACGCGGACGGCGUCGACGUGUGCUUCCUGAACUCGAAGCGGGUCGGCACCAACAUGAAGAACUCUGACCUCGUGAGGAGGCUGUUCAACAGCGUGCGCCCGCAGGGGAUCACACCGAUCGGCGACAGGCUGGAGCAGCUGAUGCUCUUCUACCUGGACGACCUCGACCAGGCGAGGGCACGCUCCGACGCGGGGGAUAAGAAAGCGCUGACCCGCAAGAAGCCUAUAAACUACAUCGUCAUCACGGAUGGCGCACCCACGGACGAUCCGGAAGCUGUUAUCGUGGCCGCAGCGCGGCGGCUGGACAAAGGCAACUAUCCUCUUAAUCAGGUUGGUAUCCAGUUCGUGCAAAUCGGCAACAGCCCCGACGCCACCGCGUUCCUGCAGGAAUUAGACGACGGCUUGAGCGAGACGUAUCACAUACGCGACAUGGUGGACACCACACCGUACAACGGCUCCCAGCUGAACGCGGAGACAAUCAUCAAGAUCCUCCUCGGAGGUAUCAAUAGAAGAGUAGACCGGCGAGGCGGUCAGAGUGUGAUCUAG